AUGGCCGCUACAGGCCGAAAUCGAUGGGUCUCGUUGAAGAUCAUGACAGCAGAUCUACGAGAUUCACGAGAUUUGGAAAAAUUGAAAGUUUUAGGAAGUCAUUCUCGAGGAGGACUUUCUUCAAACUAUAUCGUUCAGCUGCUUGAUUCCUUCAGUCAUGAAGGCCCAAACGGAGUUCACCAAUGCCUUGUAUUUGAGUUGCUAGGCCCUUCCGUUGAUAGGGUUCUCGCAGAUUACCGCGAGGGUCAUGACAAACUCUGCCCCGAAACUGUACUUCAGAUGUCUACGCAGCUUUUGAAAGCUCUCAAGUUUAUACAUAGUGCUGGAAUGAGUCACGGUGUCCUUGGAACUCCAGAGAUCGAGCUGCUGGCCCGGGUCGAUGGCGCACCUUUGCAUAAUGGACUGCCAACCCAGCUGGUGAAGGCAGCAGAGUGGGUCGAGUGGGUAGAUGAAGACGACGAAGAAAUUCGUCUGCUUGAUGUUGGAGAGAGCUUUCUUCAAGGGGAGGAACCUAACGUGUUGGCUCAGCCAGGAACAUUACGGGUACCCGAGACAUUUUCACAGACAAUUUUGAUUAUCGCGUCGAUUUGUGGCGCGCAGGGUGCAUGCCAUGAUCUGACAAUGGAACAAGGCGAGUAA